UCCCACUACCUUGGGAAUGUUCACUCGAUAUAGACACGGCUGUUAAUCCUUAUUAAUCUUCCAGGCUUCAAAGUUAGUACCAUUGAGCAGGCUCUUCCUUUAAGAAAUCUGCAGUGUGCCCUUUUUUUUUAUUAUGCAAAACCUCCUGCCUACUGAUCUUGAUUCUUGACACACAUAGCUUCACGUACAGAAACACAAUAACUUUUACUUUUGCCACUCAAUUCAAGGCCUGCUGCAAGAAACCAACAUGGAUACUCCCAAAGCUCUGUGGCGUGUACGCCUAGGAUCUGCGUUCCGGACUGUGCUAGCCUGCACAAUAGUGGGUUGCACCACCCUCUACGGGCCAGAACCUGCCCGGCGUUUCUUAACAUUUCCCGCCUUUUCCUAUGUGACAACUAUCUUAAUUGUCUCAGAUGCUACACUUGGUGAUGCCCUGAGAGGUUGCUGGCAUGUUUUAUACGCAAGCAUUCAAGUACUGCUCCCUUCUAUGCUCAGCCUCUGGUUGAUCGGACCAGCCAGGUUCAGCCAUGGACUAGCUGCUAUGGCUGUUGCACUUAGUUCUUUCACGAUUGCGUUGCCUGAUUCCACACAUUUGAUGGCUAAGAGGAUUGCCUUCGGGCAGACUGUGAUUGUUUAUGUAGGUGCAGUCAUUCAAGGAGCAGAAACUAGAGUCUUGAUGCACCCAAUUCAUGUGGCGUCGAGCACAGCUCUUGGUGCCUUGGCUUCUGUUUUGGCAAUGUUGUUUCCAUACCCUCACUUAGCCUACAUCGAGGUCAGAAAGACAUGCAGAUCUUAUGCAGAAAAUGCUUCAAACAGGCUAAAUCUCUUAGUGGAAGCUUUCUGUGCACGAGACAACGUUGCAGCACUUGAUUUAAUCGCAGAAGCAAGGUUAUUUUCUAAAACAGGAGCCAAGCUUCUUCGAAGUAUCAAAGGCAAACAUGAAGGCAUGCUUUGGGAGAAACCUCGGUUCAGAUUCUUGAAACCUAAGCGCUCGGACCCUGGAGAGAAAUUACAAGAGAUGGAAAUGCCAAUUCGAGGGAUGGAAGUGGCCUUAUCUACUUGCAUCUCCUUCCCCGUCAGAAUGUUGGAUGAAGAGCUCCAAGGUGUUCUACAAAUUUCAAAGAAACAGAUAGCUCUAAAACUUGAACAAGCCAAGUGUUCCGUGCCUUUCGAUGCAGCAACAGCUCCGGAGACGAAAGGAGAAUACACAGACAGGUCCUCCUGGACCCAGAAAGCCAUUUCAACAUCCCAUGAAGAUCUGUCACCCUUCUUCUUCUUGUACUGUAUGGAACUCCUUCAGGAUGAUCCUGAGUGCAUUGUAGAGAAUGAGGACGGUAAAAGUAAAAAACAAGAAUCAAGUCAGCCAAAGAAGCAAGGAAAAAGUAGAGUGGAACUGAUCUGGUGCAGCCUGCUGAGUUUCAGCAGGCGGCUAAGCAGUGAAAGAUUGGUUUUUGCAAUCAAGUGCUCAUUUUCUCUAGGUCUUGCUGUGCUGCUUGGUUUGAUAUAUAACAAAGAGAACGGAUACUGGUCAGGACUAACCAUUGCAAUAAGUUUUGCAACAGGGCGACAAGCAACAUUUACAAUGGCUAAUGCACGAGCACAGGGGACGGCAAUGGGAUCAGUAUAUGGAAUUCUAUGUUGCUUUAUUUUCCAAAAGCUCGCGGAUUUAAGGUUCUUCCUUCUACUUCCUUGGAUCAUUUUCACCAGUUUUCUGAGGCAUAGUCGCAUGUACGGCCAAGCUGGUGGGAUUUCAGCGGUUAUAGGGGCAUUACUGAUCUUAGGAAGGAAAAAUUAUGGCACACCAAGCGAAUUCGCAAUUGCUAGAAUCACAGAGGCUACCAUUGGACUAAUCUGUUUCAUUACAGUGGAACUUCUCUUGCAUCCAGCGAGAUCUGCUACCCUAGCAAAAACAGAACUUUCAAGGACCAUAGGAGCACUUCAGGAUUGCUUUGAGGUAAUAGGUCUUUAUGACAGACAAAAGGAAAUUUCGACGGAACAAAGAGAAAAGCUGCAGAAGCUGAAAUAUCAUGUCAGUAAAUUGGAGAAUUUCAUUGCAGAGGCUGAGUUGGAGCCUAAUUUCUGGUUCCUGCCUUUUCAUUGCAGUUGCUACAAAAAGCUUCUAAGCUCUCUAUCCAAAAUGGCAGAUUUAUUACCCUUUGCGAUCCAUCAAAUUGAAUUUCUCUCACAAGCAUCCCAGAGGUUGGGAAUUCAUUGGGAGGAGAUCCAAGAACAGAUUAACAAUGAUCUAGAACAUCUCAGGGACAAAAUUGGCUCUUUAGUGAAAUGCCUGGAUGAAGUGUUACUAAUCAAAUCCCUAGAAGAGCUUGAUAAUGAGUUGCAAAAGGAAAAUGCAUCCCAUGACCUCGAGUUGGGCAAAUCAGCAAAUGGAGAUUUCUCUAUCCGUUUGGGGCAUGAAAGAAACAGCAUCGCCGAGAUUGUAUGGCCUUCCCUUCAACAUAUGAUGGAAGUUGCCAAUGAGACCGAGGGUAAUGAAGUUGAAGCGAAGCUUAAGAGCCAAGUGCUUCUCUGCCUGUGCAGCCUAGGGUUCUGCAUUAAUAAUAUGAACAGGGAAGCAAUAGAAACAGAGGGAACAAUUGGGGAACUACUGAAAUGGGUGUAUCCAGCAAGGCAUGUAAAUUUGCAUGAACUGUUACCUAAGCUCAAAUAACUAGGGAGUGGCUUUGCAGCAACCUAGCUACCCACAAUCUUGUGUACAAAAAAAAGCACUUGAUCCUCAAUUAAUAUCACCAUAAUGCAAAAGCAUUUUUUUUCUUUCUUUUCCCUCUGUUACUAGAUAAGAGAGAGAGAGGGUUCUCAUAAUCUAUUAUGUAUACAUAUCAAGCAGGAUUCAGUGCAAUUUACCAAAUUCUUUAGGAAUUAUCUGUUUCCUUAAGGCUGUAUUUGAAACAGCAUGGACCAAAUGAUCAACAACCACCCUCCAUUACAAUGCCACCGCCACUUUCAGCUCCAAGACAUUAGCUGCAUUUCCAGCAAACUGCUGCCUCAAGUGCACUAUAUGUUU